CGUCGUUUCGUCUUUGCUCCUGAGCCGCUGUCCUUCUUCUUCUGCUGAUCGCUUUCGCGCAUCCUUUUGGGAUGUCCGUCCCAUCCUGUCUUUUCGUUGCAUUCACUCGUUCGACUUUGACCGGGCCAGCUGCUGCAUCCUGUUGUCGCAUAUCUCACGGUGGAGGGGCCUCCAAGUUGAUCUCUGUCUAUUCGGCGACUUCUAAAUCAUCAACCGACCCCCUAUCGCUCCCCCAGUCUAAGUCAAAGCAACAGCCUACAAUUUCAAGUUCGGGCGCGAGUCAAUCUUCAGGUCCAGAAAUGGGGUUCCAAGGAGGCCCGAAGGAGAGUUUCUCCAGGGUAGGAGAUCGACCGGGAAACAUUGAAUCAUAUGACGGGGUCAAUGGCAAUGCUUCGAGAACGUCAUGGCGACCAUACCGGGGGCGUUGGAACCCAAAAUCGGCUCCUAAUCGGCAAUCGGACAAAAGCGCUUCCAACACUCCUGAGAAAGCGAACGCUGGGAACUCGCGUAGGAAUCGCAAAGCGCGCAAGAAUCAAGGCCAAAGCUUGAAUCCGGAAGCACAGGCAUACGGGUCUCAGAUGGAGCAGCCGUUCGGUUUCCCCGGGUUGCAAUCAUCGUCGCAAGCCUUUCCGUCUCAGAUGGCUUCCAACAACUCGGGAACAGCUCCAGAGUACCCGCUGAAUCUUCCAAAUAUCAACACCAUGCCACCAUUCCCGGGCUUUCCAGGCGCUCCGGACGUUUUUAAUGGCCAGAGGUUUCAGUUUCCGCCUCUAAACCCAUCAGACCAGCAGCAACAGUACCAAUCAUCUUUCAACGCCCCAUCAUGGAAUGACAUGAACAACUCGACGAAUCUACUCCCACCGCUGAUGCCUUCUCCGGCGUUCAUGAUGAAUAUGGGUUUGCAAGAUCCGGCACUGACAGGGCCCAUGUUCAACGGCUUCCCUUUCCUCCCCUUUGAUCCCAUGGCCCUCGCAUCUGCUGGUUCCACGGGAGGGUUUCCAGCGAUGCCAGAGAUCCCACCAGAACAGCAUUCGAAGAACAUCCAGAAGAAAAAAUCACAAUCAAAACCCCUUCGCACUCCUUCGCCAAGUCAAGGAUAUCUCUCGCAGUCGUCUCUACCACCCACAGCAUCCCAAUCUCCCCAGCCCCUACUCAUCAUUCUUGACCUGAACGGCACGCUCAUCUACCGAAAACAUCGGCGUUUACCCCCAUCAUUCAUCAGGCGAGCCGGGCUAGAUAACUUUCUUAACACAUUGCUAAGAGACUACAAAGUCAUGAUAUGGUCCAGCUCCCAGCCGGAAACCGUCAACGCCGUUUGCGAAAAGCUCUUCCCGGGCGACAAGCGAAAGGCCCUCGUGGCCGAAUGGGGCCGAGACAAGUUCAAUCUCCCGACAGAUCAAUAUCGCGCCAAAAUCCAGGUCUACAAAACGUUGGAAACGGUCUGGGCGGACCCGAAGGUCCAAGCCUCCUACCCAAGCUCCCAGGGCAACAAAUCCCGCUGGGAUCAAACUAACACCAUCUUGAUCGACGACAGCAAACUCAAGGCAGCCAGCGAGCCGCAUAACAUCCUUGAGAUCCCCGAGUUCACCAACGCCCCCGACGAUCCCUCGAUCUUCCCCAAGGUUCUUCGCGUCCUCGAGAUCCUCGCAAAACACGACGACGCCAGCAAAGUCCUCCGCGACUGGCAGUCCAAGUUAUCCGGAAAGACCAAUAUCCUCGACCUCCCCUUCAACGGCGACACCAUUGACUUCCGUUUGCUCAACACCACCACCUCUUCCUCCUUCUCAUCCACCCAGAACAACUCUCAACCCCAACCACCCCUUCCUCCGCCAACCGGCCCCGAAGCAGCCGCCCAAGCCCGCAAAGAGCGCCGCAAGGUCCGCAAACAAGAACGCAAGGCGCGCCAGAAGGAGCGAAAAUCCCGCAGCACGGACGACGCAAAGCCCGUCCCGCUCGCCGUAGCAGGAGCAGCAGCAACAACAACCGCUACGACUUCAUCAUCCACCGAGGUCGACCGUCCCACUCCGUCCGCGCGCUCGCCGUCCCCUGCGACGUCGACCGAGUCCGAGAAUUUCCUUCUAGAUCGAUUAGAGGAGUCGUUGAAUGUUUAGACGGCGUGCAUUGCUUACUGGCAUUUGGGAUCUACUCUGUCCGUGCAUUUGAAAUGUUUGCCCGUCUGUUUGUUAGUUGGGUUUGGUUGGAUUGGUAGGUUUGAUUCAUACGGGUCCGCCUGUAGUUAGUUUUGAUUUGAGGGAUUUUGUUAUCCAUAGACUAUGCAUACACUAUUCAAUAGAUACC